CUCUUUCCAAAAGCUCCUCCUGACCGUACGAUUGAACUACUUUUUUCUUUGGUAGGGGAGGAACAAAUUUCAUUCUUAUUUAGGAGGGUUUAAUAAGAUAUUCCUAAACCUCUGGAAAUCAACGAUCGCAGCACAGCUCCAGAACAUAAUUUCUGGUCGUUCGUAGAAAUCUCUUCCAAGUGUUUGAUUUGAUAGCGAAAAGGAUGUUGCCGAGAUGGAGCAAGGCUAUUUCCCAGUUUGCUAGGGUUAACUCAGAAUUGGGAAGACAUUUGUGUUCUUUCUCCUGUCGAGAUUAUUCCAAAGUUGCGGCGGUUGCAGCUGAUCCCACUGAGAAAAUCUUCAAUGUCAAUACCGAGGUAAAUUUGAAUAAGAUGUUCUGGACUAAGCCUCAUUCACUGGCAUUAGCACCUGAUUCACCAUUAAGAGUUGAAGAUCCACAAUACGAGGGCAUCAAGCGUUUUACACUUAAGCUGUUGCGGUUUUAUAGUAAGCAAAGCAAGUCCAUUCGAGGGGCAAAUGUUAUUUAUCGCCGUGUUAUUCACCAAGUUGAUAGACCUGCUAUUUAUGACGUAUUUAACUUGGAGAAAACUUUUAAGACCACAUUCUCGUUACUUGUUAUACAUAUGUGGCUUUGCUUACGACGCUUGAAACAGGAGGGUAAGGAAGGUGUUGAGUUGGGGCAGUAUUUAUAUGAGAUUUAUAAUCAUGAUGUGGAGCUGAGAGUUUCUAAAGCUGGGGUUAACUUAUUGUUGACUAAAUGGAUGAAGGAUUUAGAGAAGAUAUUUUAUGGCAACAUUGUUGCCUAUGAUGCUGCUAUGCUUCCUGAAGCUAAGCAGGAUGAGUUGCAAAACGUAAUUUGGAGGAAUGUCUUCUCUGAUGAUGGUACAUCUACACCAGAUCAUGCUGCCUUGCUUCCUCUCCAGGCUUUGUCGAGGUAUGUUCGCAGGGAAUUCAACUGUAUGUCAUUGACAGAUAAAGAAGCUAUAUUUUCGGGAAACUUCAUGUUCACCCCGUUGGGAAGCUCAAAAGCUGGUACUGUGUAAUGCGAAGAGAGAGAGAUCAAAACCAAACAUGCUCAUCAACAGUGCCAAAAUUCAUGGUAGGGACCAAGCUUUCUGUCACUGAAAUCAGAAGAAGAAAUUGCCGAGUGCUUAUUAAGCAAAUUGAUGCGCAGUCCACUUUUCUUUAGCUUUAGUAAAGUUGGUAGAGAUCAGAAGUUGCUGGCUGUUUUUGUUCCCAGUAUGAAACUUGGACAAAAAUAUCCUGCCUGUUGAUGCUAAUUGUUUUGACGAAAUUACAUGGGUGCUUUUUUUGUUAAAUUAUAAGUGUUAAGAUUUGAGAGUUCAUGAUUUGGAUUAAUAUAAAUGUAGCCAAUGUGAUUUUUAGUUUUUUUUUGGGAGAAAUGUUGGUGGGGUGAGUGCCAACUUGCAUUGAUUUUGUAUACAACCUUGAUUGUUGAUUAGGAUUUAUGUUUACACGACUCUGUAAGUUCUUGUUCACUUUUUGUUACAUUCCUUAUCAAAGGGGCAUUUUUGGUGUGUUUAA